UAUGCAACCAACACGUUACCACACAAAUUCCGAGUCUUGCCUCUUUGGAUAUCUUGAACUGGUGAGAUAAUAAUUUUGUUCAAUUGCGUAACCACCCGCAUAGAGAUAGUGCACCUGUCGAAUAAAUGUUACAGACCCAAGUCACAAUAGAUAUAGGUAAAUUAACAAGCUUUGCAAUCAAAAUUUUAGCACUUGGGAAUGGGUCAAAUUCAACUUUCUGAUUACCCAGACGUUGCAGAUCAGUGAAGUGCAAAGCUGAUUAUGUAUAAUCUUUAGUUAAAAUAAGUUCAUCCCUCUUUCGUUAAAUCUUAUUGUAGUCUUUAGUGGUUUGGUUUUGUUUUUUAUGUUUAUCUUGUGUAUUGACACACGUCUUUCUGACAUUUGAGUGGUUUUAUGUGUAAAAUUAUUGUUAUUUUAUUAGUGAAUGCGAAAAAACAAUUAAAAAGGGAUAUAAAAUUACAUCAGUAAAAUAUUGUACUUAUCCAUCUAUUUUAAUAAUUGAGGUUUAAAACAAACCCAGAUUAUGUUGGGUUCAAAAAUAAGAUCCUUUAUGAUUUGUUUAUAGUAUUAUCACAAAACUAUGUGAAAAGUUACCUAAAUAAAUUUAAAUAUAAUUAAAUUGUAACUGUCCAGUAACAACCGAAUAUAAAAGCUCAAUGAUGCCUGUCCAGAUUGGAUUAAAACGGGCGUACCCGGAUAGCAUGGAGGACUGUAAGAAGAGACACUCAGGCACUAAAGUUUCGAAAAUUGCAAAUAUAUUUCAAGGAAUGCCGUCGAAAGAGGAAGAAGAGAUGCGCGGUACCGACGUGACGGUGGUCCGGACCGAGAGCCAUCUGGCGAGGUUCAAUACCGCAAGGGCUCUUUUUGAGAAGUUAGGAGAAGAGAAUCGUGGCUUCAGAAUUGAAAAGUCACCAUCUGCAGCAGCAAGUUUCGCCGGCACGCGGGGCGUCCCUCCGGCGGCGCCCGCGCGGUCGCGCUCCAGUUCGGCCGGCUCCGUGAGUCCCCCGCGGCGCAUCAUCACGCCCACGCCCACUGCGGCGCCGGCCGUCAACGGCGACCGACUGGCCAAUGGUGCAACCCAACCGCCACCUAAACCUGCGAAACCCAGCGUUUUGCCCAAGCCGGAAAAACCAGAUAGACGAUUUAAUAAAGAACUCAUAGAAAAGCAAAGAAAUUGGACUGCUCAUUUUAAUAAAAAUCGGCAAACGCGUCAUGAGCAUGAACCAAGGGAUUCUAGAUAUACGAGUGGUUAUCAAGACAGGAAAUCGCCGGAAGCAACUGACAAAUAUGUAGUUCCCUCACGAGUUUACUCACCGCCCCUAUCCCCCUGUGCUGGUGAUUCUCAAGUUGAACGUCCGACUACUCUUCCUUCUAAUUUAGUCAGUAGAAGUUUACCUAGUGCAAAGUCUCCUAGUCCUGUAAAAAAUUUAGCUUCAGUGUCGCCCUUAACUAGAUCCAAUAAUUUAGUGUCACCUACUGCUAGGUCAGAAAUACCAUCUCCGGCAAUAAGAAGAGAUAAUAUAGUAAGUUCUCCUACAAAAACAAAUCCAGAGACGUCACAAGAAUUUAGUGAAAAAGUUUACCCAAAAAUUAGAUCAUCAAGAUCGCCAGAAGUUGAAAAUGAUGUAUCUAAACAAAAAGACGAAUUAUUGACUAAUAAAAUGAGUGAUUAUUUACAUUCUCCAAAUUCUGUAUCCAAAUCAAAUGAAUGGAAAUCACCUACACCAACACCUCCGGCGCAAGUGCCAUCUGCGGUAGAUCCCGCUCCUAGAUAUAAGAAAUCGCCACCGUCACCCCCACCAAGAUCACCAAAGUCUCCCUUAUUCCCAACGUCGCGAGAAGACGAUAAUUUAAGAGACGACCAUUCCAAAUCACCAUCUCCUCAAGAUCAACCGAUCGAUCUGACGUCAGAUGUCUUAGACAAGGAUACAGAAGCAAGUGAGUCUCCGAACAACGGAUCGCCUAAGUCCCCAACUCCAUCACAAACUUACGGAGACCACGAAACAAGAGACGGCAGUGAUCGUGAUCAACCUGAUUCACUGAGUCCAGAGCAAUACCAUGUGACGGAUACUUCACCGAAGCCAUCAGACACUGUGAGCUUGGAUGAUGAUGGUUAUGAGGCGGUACAGUAUGAUGCAGAAUGGGAAGAAAAAUCAAAACGACGUUCGUCGACGCCCGAAUCGCCUGUAGGAGUUACGGAGGCGGACGAAGCUACGCGCUCGCCGCUAGCGUCGCCGCUAGCUUCUCCUGUGCAUCACCAUGUGUAUUCUUCGCCUCCUCCGUCGCUCCACACUUCACCUUCGCCGGUGGGCGGAGGUCGCAAGUCGUCGGAGGCGGAGGAGACGCCGGUGCGCGGCGGCUCGCGCGCUUCCAGCGUGUCGGACGAGGGCGGCUUCAACGAGCCGUCGCCCGGCGUGGUGGCGCGGCUGCGGCCCGCCGACUACCGCGAGCCGCCGCCGCCGCUCACGCGCGACCACCGCGACGCCGAGCGCGCGCGCUCCGACCCCGACACGCUGUCUGUCUUGCAACAGGACUCGGGCGUAGUGGUGAGCGAAGCGAGCCAGGGCUCCAUAGAGGUGCUCGACAAGUCGACCACCAGCCAAUGGAGCGUGUCGGAGGCGGACAACGCGUCGGGGGAGCCGCGCGGCGCCGACGCGGCCGACGCCGAGCCGCGCUGGGACGACAAGCAGCCCGACAGCAUGACGCCCGACGAGGCCGAGAUCCUCCUCAGCUCCAGUAUUUUGGAGAAAAAACUUCGACAAGAAGCUCUGCUGUCGGACGAGCAGGCGCAGGAGAUCGCCGCCAUGCUGUCGCCGCACACGCUGCCGCACGACAACGGCGUCUCGCUCAACGACAGCUACCAGUCCGUACUCUCCUACGAGAGUAUGCAGUCAGUGGACGAGAGCUACGAGUUCGUGUCCCUCGAAGCGGACAACGGCAUGGCGGGCGGCGACCGCAAGCUUCCGGCCGAGGCUCGAGCCGAGCCCGAGCGCGCGCCCGAGCCCGAGCGCGAGCACGAGCGCGAGCCCGAGCGCGACGAGGGCACGGUGUUCGACCACUACCCGCCGCAGCCGCUGCGCGAGCUUGCAGAGGAAAACGGCAUACAUUACUUCGAGGAUGGACACUUCUAUACGGAGGUCGAAGGACUUCCGCCUAUCGAAGAAGUUGAAGACGACGAUUAUUACCCGCCAGUAUUUGUUAAGAAAAGCUCGAGAGUUAAAUUCAGCACGGAGCCAAUGCGCGUAUUCUCCACGCACUCGGUGCGCGAGUACGACCGCCGCAACGAAGACGUGGACCCGGUGGCCGCGUCGGCCGAGUACGAGCUGGAGAAGCGCGUCGAGAAGAUGCACGUGUUCCCCGUCGACCUGAUCAAGGGCGCUGACGGACUGGGGCUGUCUAUCAUUGGAAUGGGUGUGGGAGCGGACGCUGGUCUCGAAAAGCUCGGUAUAUUCGUGAAAACAAUCACUGAGAGCGGAGCGGCCGCCAGAGACGGUCGAAUACAGGUCAACGACCAGAUUAUCGAAGUGGAUGGCAAAAGUUUGGUGGGCGUGACGCAAGCGUACGCAGCGUCAGUGCUUCGCAACACGUCGGGCCCGGUGAAGUUCCUGAUCGGGCGCGAGAAGGACCCCGACAACAGCGAGGUGGCGCACCUCAUCCGCCAGUCGCUGGCCGCCGACCGCGAGCGGGAGGAGAGGGCGGGUCGCGAGCGCGCGCGGCGGCAGCAGAGCGAGGAGCAGGAGGAGCGCGCCGCCGAGCCCGCGCCCGCGCGCCACCCCGACAUCAACGACAUGCGCGCGCUGCUGCAAGAGCUGGUGGGCAUGGAAGCCGGUGGCGCCAGCAGCGAGCAGAUCAGCGGGCGGCUGCGUUCCUGGUGCUCCGUGCGUGCUCCGUCAGACCACCUCGACGCCGCGCACCGCGCGCAGAGGAAGUACGACAAGGCCCGGCGUGCACUGCGGGAGUGGCGGCGCACACGCGCGAUGGUGCGCGCGCGCGAGGAGUGGUGGAGCGGCUCGCUGCGGGACGCGCACCGCGAGUACGCCGCCGCGCUGUCCGCGCUGCACGACCGCGUCGCGCGCCUCGAGGUGCUGCUGCUGUGGUGGAGCGGCUCGCUGCGGGACGCGCACCGCGAGUACGCCGCCGCGCUGUCCGCGCUGCACGACCGCGUCGCGCGCCUCGAGGUGCUGCUGCUGGUGAGCGAACAACAUGUACUAUGCACGCGCGCGCGAGGAGUGGUGGAGCGGCUCGCUGCGGGACGCGCACCGCGAGUACGCCGCCGCGCUGUCCGCGCUGCACGACCGCGUCGCGCGCCUCGAGGUGCUGCUGCUGGUGAGCGAACAACAUGUACUAUGCACGCGCGCGCGAGGAGUGGUGGAGCGGCUCGCUGCGGGACGCGCACCGCGAGUACGCCGCCGCGCUGUCCGCGCUGCACGACCGCGUCGCGCGCCUCGAGGUGCUGCUGCUGGUGA